AUGACAAGAAUAGAAAUAAAUCCACUAUUAAGGAAACUAAGAUUAGUACUAAAAAAUAAGUGGGCACAAUAUCAAAUAAUAAUAACAAGCUUUAUUAGUGGAAAAAUGAAUAGAGAAGAAUUCGAUUUACAAAUUAAUUCAAUUCUUAAAAAAAAAUAUUUUUAUCUUCAUAAUGAAUUACUACUUGGAAUUUAUACAAAUGCCAUAUGUGAUUUUCCUCCUGAAAAAUCAUAUGUUUUUGAAUGGACCAAGAAGAUGAAAGAAUUUGAACAAACGGAUGCAAAUGAUCAAAAAAGCUGGCUUAAAAGCGAAAUAAUGAGCCUUCAUUAUCUUGAUAGAAUUCGGAUCAAAUCUAUUAAAAAAGAUUCUUUAGAUAGAUUACAAGAAUUACCGAAUAUAUUGUUUGAAAAUAGAAUAGCAAAACUUCCUAAAAUACCUCUUUGCAAGGAUAAAGUAUAUAUAGCAAAUUAUGUAAAUGAUAUUCAAAAAGGAUACCAUGUUCCAUUGAGUUGUGAUUCUAUGGAAAUGCCAGAUAUUGAUAGUUUACGUGAAAGAAGUUUAGCAAUUGCUUUAGAAAGUGGAUUGAUUGGAGGCUUAAAAGAAGGAGUUCCUGAAAUUGUUCUUGCAGGGCUUGAACAUCAUCUUAAAAAUGUUUUGGCUAUUACUAUUUCAAAAGUUAGAUUUCAGAUACCCAAUGAAUCUAUUCAGACAGAAAAUUUAAAUAAUAUUAUUUUAUUUAAUCAAAAUAAAUAUAAGAAAAAGCAAAUAAUAAAAAAAUGUUCAUCAUUAACUGUAGAAGAGCUUAGUUUGGCUUUUCAGUUAGCGCCUUUUUCUUUGGUCGAAACACCACCUCCUAUUACUAGAAUAUGGGCAACAAUAUUAACAAAUAAUACAACAUAUCAAGACAAUAAAGUGGAAGAAGCCGUAUUAAAUAUCAUGAAGGAGAAUCCAGAAUGCAAAGAAAGAUAUGAACUAGCAUUGAUUUUAGAUGAAUUACUUGCAGGUGUAUAA